AUUACAUAUCCGCAAUACUGGCGGCCGUUUUGGCGGUGUCCCGUCGCCCACGUUGCCCAGUAGCUUACGUGGCCGGGGAGUGGGAGGUAGGCACGAGCCUCUCCUCUUCUCCGCUCUUCGUUUCCGUUGAUUCUGUUCCGAAAUCCAAACUAGAGAGCAGAGAAUAAACCAGAAGAAGAAAGUCGGCAGCUUUGCAAUAGAAGAUUAGCUUGUCGAGGCCAUGAUAUUAUAGUCCUUACGCGAACCAGAACCGGGUCGAAGAAAAGAAAAAAUUCCCAUGUCGAGAUUCUCGUUGAUUCACCGGAUUACACCAUUUUUCGCCGCUCGGAUUCGGCAGAACCACAGGCUUCUAAGUUCUUCUUCCUCCUCUCUGCUCCGCCAAGCUCCAUCCCUCGAAGAAUCCGUUCACCUGACCGAAAAUUGCAUCCGGAAAAUGAAAGAACUGCAAGCGAGUGAAACAUCAGCAGAGGAGAAAAUGCUUCGUUUAGGAGUAGAAACCGGUGGAUGUUCAGGUUUCCAAUACGUUUUUGACUUGGACGAUAAGUUGAACCCUGAUGACAGGUGCUUUAUCCUCUUCACUUUUAGCAUUUUGUUUGCUGUGGAUGUAAAAGUAUUUGAGAAGGAAGGAGUGAAACUAGUUGUUGACAAUAUAUCUUACGAUUUUGUUAAAGGGGCAACCAUAGAUUAUGUAGAGGAACUCAUUCGAUCUGCAUUCCAAGUAAGUUUCCUUCUGUAAUGUAUGUAUUGUGCUUGAUCUAUAUUAGUGUGCUUUCAAUCUGGU